AUGUCCUCGCGGCACGACUCGCGCAGACGCGACCGCAGCUGGGAACGCGACGAGAGGAGUAGAGACUACGACCGGGACCGGUACUCUUCAAGAAGGAGAAGGGACAGUCGGUCCAGGAGUCCACCAAGGCGUGGUGGCGAUAGGCCUCGACCUCCGGACCCACGGGAUGGUAGGAGGGAUGACAAAAGGGAUUAUGGACGCGACAGGGACGACGACCGGAGGGACAGGGACAGACGCGGUGGAUCAGGCAGGGAUCACGACCGUGACCGGCUUGACUAUGGUCGUGAGCGAGAGAGGGACGACAGGAGAGAUGACCGACGCGACCCUGGACGUCGACCUCUAGACCGGGAGUCUGAGAGGGACCGGUUCAGGCAGACGGACGCGGGGAGUGCUCAAAGGACACCAGAACCUUCAGGCAGCAUGGGUGGGAAGGGACAUUUCGAACGACCCGAAGGAACUUCGUUACAGCCGUCUGAGGAUGGCGAAGAAGGCGAAGCUAUGGACGCCGUUGACGACGAUGAGGCCGCUAUGAUGGCAAUGAUGGGCAUGUCCGGGUUUGGCACGACUAAGGGCAAACAUGUCUCGGGCAAUCAAGAAGGCGCCGUGAACAUUAAGAAGCAACGGACAUGGCGUCAGUACAUGAAUCGUCGUGGUGGCUUCAAUCGUCCUCUCGACAAGAUCAAGUAG